AUGGCAGUAGAAUACAAAAGUAGAUGGCAUCAUGAUGUUGGUAUAUGGAAUAUACAGCCUCCUGAUAUAAAUGAUAAGCUAGACAUUAGAUUAUUCCAGAAGUUUCGAGUUCAUGGGGAACUCUUUGUCCAGCAGUUGAUAAAUAUGAGUAUGAUUAAGACAACCCAGAACUUGACAGAAGCAAUGUAUCAGAGUUUGUUUCAAGAAUUUGCUGCACAGUUUGGAUUAAUGAGUUUGAGUGUUCCUGUUAUUGGUAAAGCACAGGUUGAUAUAGGAGAUAAAGCUGUUUCAUCUAUACCUGAUAUUGUCUUUCCAGAUAUUACCAAUUCAGACAUACAUCAUUCUAAUUUAAAGAUAUUAGCAGUUUGUGAGGUUAAGAAAGAAUUUAAAGCAAAGGAAGACUUGGUUAUUUCCUUACAGUAUAGUACAAGGUCAGGGAAAAAGAAAGUAAUAGGUAAAGAGCAAGUUAUAUGGCACCUUGAUGAUAGAUUACAGGGUCAGCAUGGAGGAGAGCUAUUAUUGCAUUACCCUUUAUCACAGAAGAAUGGUCUAUUAGGUAUCAUUGUACAGAAGACACAUGUAAGCAUUGAUCUUUUAUUAGUCCCCUACCGACGAAGUCGAAGGGGACUUUAGGUGUGCACUCCGUCCGUCUGUCUGU